GUUUGUACAGUGUCUGGGAGAAGCGGAGCUUCGCGGGAGCUGAGAUUUUAAAGAGACCCCUAGGCACCACCCACCCCCCGCACGUGUUACAAUUCUUAUUUUCUAUCAGAAUUCGGCGUGCCUGGUGUAUGACCACGUUUAACCGUUGUUACAUUUAGAUUCAGAAUCUUGUCCGUGACAUGGUGUUAAACUUUAAAAUGGAAACUUAAAAACUGGAGGAAUGCCACUGUGAGACCACUUUGCAGAGUGGAUUUUGGCAUUUGGGACAGAGCCUGGGCAAUCUCUCUCUCUCUCUUGGCCUGGCCACUGGCUACCAGGUGAUUGCUUUGUGGAGACUAGAUGGACAGAUUCCUGGUGAAGGGGGCUGUCAGGGGCCUUAUGGGAAAGAGGGGGCAAGAGCAGACCGGAGGAGGCCCAGCAGGGUUGGCAGAAGAGGAGGGGACCAGCAGGAAAAAGCCCAGGAGAGCAGCCCCGGGGAAUGGAGUCCACUCGGCAGGCCUCAGCUGGAGGCACAUUGCAGCCGAGGGCCUGGACUGCGAUUACACAGUCCUGUUUGGCAAAGCCGAAGCAGAUGAGAUUUUCCAAGAGUUGGAGAAAGAAGUGGAAUAUUUUACAGGUGCGCUGGCCAGGAUCCAGGUGUUUGGGAAGUGGCACAAUGUCCCAAGGAAGCAGGCGACAUACGGUGACACUGGGCUGACCUACACCUUUUCGGGCCUUACUCUGUCUCCAAAGCCCUGGCUCCCUGUCCUAGAGCGCAUCCGGGAUCGCGUUUCUGUAGUGACUGGACAGAACUUCAACUUCGUGCUUGUCAACAGGUACAAAGACGGCCGUGACCACAUUGGUGAGCACAGAGAUGAUGAGAGAGAGCUGGCUCCUGGGAGCCCCAUCGCCUCUGUCUCCUUUGGGGCUUGCAGAGACUUCUUCUUCCGGCAUAAGGAUUCCCGGGGGAAGCACCCCUCCCGGAGGCUGGGGGUGGUCAGGCUCCAGCUGGCCCACGGAAGCUUACUUAUGAUGAACCACCCAACCAACACUCACUGGUACCACAGUCUCCCCGUCCGAAAGAAUGUUCUGGCUCCCCGGGUCAACCUGACAUUUCGGAAAAUCCUGCCUAUUACAAAGUAAAAACGUUUUUAACAGCUAGUACUUCUGUUAGUUCCUUCCUUCUCUACUCCAAGAGGGAGCUGGCAUUUCCUUUACCAACAGGGAACAUGGAAAAGGUUGAACCCAAGCGCAAGGCUUCUUACAUACAAUGCUGAACUCAGAAAGAGGAUGUUUGUAUCGAGUCGGUGAAUUAUGAAAGAAGACCAGUUGACUUUUUUCCUAACAAAAUGAUUCUUUUAUUGCUAUAAUACACAGCAGAUACAAAAAGUACCUUUAGCAAAAACAUAAAUCAGCAGUUAUUAUGGCAUAAACUACGAGUUUAACUUCAGUUUUUGCAAAAAGAAGCGACUUCGUAAAUAACUUAAAGCUAGAAGUAAGAGUGUUUGGCUGCUACUUAACGCCUAAUGGUUUACAAAAAAUGAGAAAGUCACCUUUAAGUUGGGGGAAGAGACUUUGCACAGAGAUCAUUCACAUUUACAGCUGUGGCUCAGUCCCUCCGACCAAAGAUCUGCUUACAACUGAACGCUAAAAGGAUGAGCCCCGUUCAUCUCUCUUUAAUGGCAGAUUGCAAAGCGUAAGCAGCGGCAGAGCAGCAGUUGCUCCAAGCUACAACUUUGCCAGGCAGGUUAAGGUCACGUGAUUGAGCAUUUGUUUCCCCCAGACCGCGGGUACCACGGGGACGUGCCUUUCGCCGUCAAAGCCAGGGUCUGUAAGAAGUCGGGAAGGGACGUCUGCCGUGAACAGACCAGAAGCUUUGUGCGGCUCCUUUCUCCCUGAGGUGUGUGGCCUGGAGAACUUCACAGUCCGUUCUGUCAAUAGCGAGAGUUCCGAGUCCUCAGGAUGCACGCUGGGCCUGGGGGAAUGGGGAUCAUCUGGGCCUCUAGCGCUUUCAGCUGACACCAAGGCCUUGUCUGGAAGUGUCUGCCAGCCAGUCCCCACCAGGGGAAGCACAGCCCUCAGCCUGACCUCAGGUGACCUUUUGGAUGCGUCUGAUUCCAAAUCUUAUCUCUGAAGAGUCAGUCUGCAUUUGUUUUUUGUUUUAAAUAAAAGAGCCUAGCUAAAACAUAGAUAUCCCUGUGUCAUCAAAAUUCCUUCGGCCCUGGGCUGCCUUCAUUAGACUUACCUGAAGAGAGGGGAGGAUGCCCAAGAGAGGCCUUUUGUAUGAGGCUACUGGAAACGAAUACAUUUAGAAUAUGGACCUAGAACAGAAUGACAGUACUAGAUAUCAGCCAUAAUUUUAUGUUCAAAAAGUUUUUUUAAACUUCUUUUUUGUGGGAAGGGCUGGACUUGGAUGGUCACGGAAUCUAACUCAUCACUUUACAGAUGAGGAAACUGAGGUCCAGAGAGGCAGCAGCCCCAAGGUCAGUGCCCUUCUUUCAGAAUCCAGCUCUCAAAUGGAGGCCAGGAUUGUCUUUCUGACACAGCCCCCGGCUCCACCUGUAAACCUCAGGAGCUCUUCAUGGGCAAUAAAUAAAUAGAUGAGAAUAGCUGUCCACCGUGGGGUCCUUGUGUGAGAAAGGGUUUUCUACAGAGCGGAGGAGUCCUAGGUGUGGCACACAGGCCACCGAGUUCUGGCCGUUGACACAGUUAUAUAAUAUGCGAUCAUCACACUUGGGAGUCCAGGAUACAAAAGAUAACAGCAAAGAGAAAGCUGGUCACUGGUAACUGACAAAGUAGAGAAAGAAUUUCCCCGAGGGCGGAUUUGGCACAUGAGCUUUUACUACAUAUAAAGAAUCGAAAGGUUAGAAAAAGACAUAUAAAAAGGGA